AUGCUCCUCAAGGAGAAGCGCUUCUCGCCCGAGGACCGUAAAAUACUCGAGGGCCAGAUCGUGGAGCUGGAGAAGGAGAACAAGGAGCUCAAGACCAUCAAGGAAGCCUUCACCAAGCUCAAGGACGCCUUCGCCAAGCUCGAGGCCGAAAACGUCCAGCUGCGGGGACUGGCCGACCAGAACGCCUCGCUCAAGACCGUCAUCGACAACCUCACGAAGCUCGACCACCAGCGACAGGUCCAGCUUGAGCAGCACAGGACUCUCCUGGAGCAGGCGCGCAACACAAUCGCGUUCCUCAAGCAGACGCUGGAGGAGAAGGGCAUCGUGUACGACAUCAACGCCCUCAACUCCCUGAGCAAGGGCAUGGCCGGUUCCAAGUGGUCGCUCAUGGAGGAGCUCGAGCGGCGACUCCUCGAGAUCCUCCAGGACAAGUCCAAGUCCCGGGAGGAGAUGAAGGAGGCAAUUUUCGCCGAAAUCGGAGGCAGCGUCGCGCGUCUGAUUGAAAUGGAGGACGAGCGGGAGAAGGAAAAGGACGAACGGGCGAUGCAGCAGCAGGAGGAGGACAGCGGAGACGAAGAGGGGAUGAACGGCGAGGACAAGGCCAAAAUGGACGAGAUGCUCAAGACUCUGAACGACCGACUCGACGCCGGCGGGAACGGUGCGGCCGCGGCGGCCAGCAGCAAGAAGGCCAAGAAGAGGGCCAACAAGCGGAAGAAGAGCCCUCGCGGAGGGAAGCAGAAGCAGAACGAAGACGACAGCAAGCUGCGAACAGAGAACGAAGAGGAGAAGCACCUCGCCGAAAAGCUUCGGCAGAAGAUCGCCGAGAGCCUGGGCCAGAGCAAGGUGGAGAACUUUGACACGCCGCUGGAGUGGGCGCGCUUCGUGCAGGCCAGCAUCGACGAGUGGAAGCGCGACGUCGAAGAGGUCAAGCGCAAGCACCCACCACCAGCCGCUGCAGCUACAGCUACAGCUACGCAGAACGACACGCCCGUCGACAACAAACAAUCAGCCCAGCCACCGGUGGCGGCGGCGGCGGACAGUGGCGUCAGCUCGCCCCGAGGGGAGUCAGCGCAGACUCGCGCCGCUUCCGAGGGAGGCAAAAAGCGGCGGAAACAGCGAAAAAAGGGUAAAGGCGGCCAGCAGCAGCAGAAGGACGCGGAGAAGAGGGACAGCAGGGACCCGUCUCCAUCGUCCAGCGGCGACAUGGACGUGGUCGUGGAGGUCGACAUCGAGCCCGAGAGCUACGUCGUCGACGAUGAGCCGCCCACCGCAUCGUCGCUGUCGACCACCACCACCCGAAUCGUCGUCUCGCCGCGUUCUUCGGUGCCUUCGGCGACUUCCGCUGGUGAGCCCACCUCGCCGCGGCAGAAGUUCUCGGGCGCUGAGUCUGUCGACAGCAAGUCGCGCGUGGCACAAAUGCGUCGACGCAAGCUUCAGCGCAACCUCAGCCUGGGCGAGGAGAUGAUCCUCUCCCUGUCGCGCGAGGACGAGGAGCGACAACGGCACGAGGAGGUCGAGAAGCUGACCCGGCUCAAGGAGCGGGUGUGCCGGCUGAAGGACGAGCGCGCAGAGUGGCAGCGCGACCGGGAGGCGCACGAGGCGCUCCAGGCCGAGCACGAGCGGCUGCAGGUGACGGCACGCAAGGCCCGCGAGGAGUGGAAUGCGAAGCAUAAGGCGCUUGUCGACAAGAUCAAGGCCAAGGAGGAGCGCCUGGGCGCCAUGCGCCGGGCGCUCGAGGUCAAGAAGCGGCGCAUCGAGGAGUUCAAGAAGGUGGUCGAGGCCAAGGACGCGCAGUUGAACGAGCUCAAUGUUAAGGUGGCUGCCCACGGCGACGCCCAGGCCCUCGCUACCAAGGAGGGCGAGUGGGCCAGGCUCGAGGAGGAGCUGCGGCGGCAGACCGAGGCCCUGGCCGGCGAAAUCGAAUCGCGGAAGGCCAACGAGGCCCGGCUGGCCGGCGAGAUCGAGUCCCUGUCAGCGCAGCUCGCGGCGCGCGGCAAGGAGGGCGAGUGGGAGGCGCGCGAGGAAUGUCUGCGGAGGGAGAUCGAGCAGCUGGGCGCGCAGAUCAAGGAGGUCGAGUGCGAGAAGCGUGCGCAGCUCGACGCCAAGGACCAGGUCAUCGCCGACCUCAACCAACGGGUCGAGAACACGGAGACGGCGCUGCGCGAACUUAAGGAGGCGCUGGCGACCAAGAGCGGCGAGCUCGAGAAGGCGACGGAAUCCGAAGCACGUCUGCGCGAGGAGCUGGAGACCAAGGAGGCGCGGCUCAAGGAGGCGCUGUCGACGCAGAGCCACGACAGGCAGCGCAGCGAAGAAGACGCGGAGGAGAAGAUCAACCUCGAGAACCAGAUCAAGCGGCUCGAGGACAUGCUGCACUCGCUCAUCGAGGAGGUCGACAAGAAGCGCAUGCGCGAGGAGGAGCUCCUGGGCGAGAUCGUCAAGCGGGAGGAGACGAUCAAGGAGCUGCAGCAGAAGAUCGAGCAUCUCGAACAGCUGCUCAACCGACAGAAGGCCAAGCGCCGGGUCAAGCAAACCCACAGCAUGCGGCUACAGCGGGAACUCGUGGAAGCGCAGCAGGCUCUGGAGGAGCAGCAGCGCAUGGCGGACAAGCUCAAGCAGGAGAUGGAGCAGCAGGAGGAGGACAAGCGAAAGGAGCUCGAACGGGUGCAGAAGGAGAUGGAGAUGAAGUCCAAGGAAGAGCUCGAGAAGGAGAAGGAGCGCAUGCAGAAGGAGAAGGAGAACCAGAGAAAAGAGUUGGAGAAGAAGCACCAGAAGGCGGGACGGGCGAAGGACAGCGAGCUGCUGGCGGCCUUCACGGCUGCCGCCAAGGAGCAGGUGGAGAUGGCCCUCACGCUUGCCAGAGAGGCCGAGAAUGUUGUGGAGCGAAUCGAGGAUGUAGAUAAGAAGGCCAACGCCGCCAAUUCGAUCCGCCAGCUCAAGGAGUGCAGCCAGGAGGUGAUCAAUUGCGUGGAGGCGACCUCCAACGACCCGAGCAACCUGCAGAUGCAGCAGGCGCUGAUGCAGAAGCAGCGAGAGCUGGGCCAGGCCAUCCAGCGGGUGGUGAUCCACACCACGGUGGAGGGCGCCACGGCCAAGACCGAGCUGGAGAGGGCCGUCGAGGCCAUGGCCAACGCCACCGGCGCCGGUGUGGGCGACAAGAGCGCGGCUGCGGACGAUGCCAAUGCCGACAACGUCACCGUCAUGGCUGCAGCCCAGGAGGCCAUCCAGGAAAUCGAAUAUGCCUUCACCCUCGCCCCAGCCACGGGCCAACUGUCGAUGAGUGGUGGCCAGCCGUCGGAUUCGGUGACACUGGCCGGUCGCAUCUUGGAGAAGGUGAAGCGAUUCGCGCGGCUGCUGAAGCAGGUGGCCGCCAAGACGGAGGACCCCAAGUUCAAGAAGGAGAUGCUCGAGUACUCCAACAUCCUGCCCGAUCGCGCCAUUCAGCUCAAGAUCAUCGCCGCCGUCAAGUCCUCCUCGGCCCGAGACGAGUCAUCACAGCUAAGCAGCGCUGCUCAGGGCCUCAAGGUGUCGAUUCAAGAGUCACUCGAAAUCUUGAGCGUGGCUUCGCUCAAGAAGGGCCUGGCGGCCACUAUCAACCAGGUGUCGGCACUGAAGAGCCUCAUGAGCGCGUGGAAGAACUCCAACACUCUCGUCUUCGAAGUCUAA